AACAGGAACCCUAACCCUAGACGCAACCAGCCGCACAAUCUCCUCUUUCUUUUCCUCGUCUCUGUAUAUCUCUUAUCCCUUCGUGAAGCAGUAAUUUGGAUCUGAUUGGAUUCGUAAUUAGGUUGUAUUGUUUUAGGGUUUGGAUUUUUUUGGGAGAUGGGAUGCUGGGAGGUUGAAGGUGGUGAAAUUGGACGUCCGGCGAGAUGACUGGUGAAGGCAGAUGUCAUAAGGGGCGGAGAUCCAUGGCCGGCGGCGGGGGCGCCGCGGAAUCGGAGAAAACCGACGGUAGACACGAUAUCCCCAAUUUGGAUCUGGAAUUUACCGAAAAGCCCUCGGGUUCUUCGGAAAUGACGAAACUGCCCCCUACGUCCACAGUGGAGCUUGACUUGUACGCACAAGCUCGUAAGGCGCUCUCCCUUCGUUCUCCAUUCGAUUCCGAAGAUUCGCAGGCUUCUCCCGCUACGGUAUCCGCUGUGAGUUCCCUGCCGAGUGGGGUGUCUCAUUUGCUGGGCAGGCAUGCGGAUGGUCGGAAGCGGCACAAGAGGUUGCAUUCGGGCUCGGAGAAGAAGUCUUCAGCUCCGGGUAAGGCUCGUGGGAGCAACAUUUGGGUUGAAACUGAGGAGUAUUUUCGGGAACUGACCCUCGAGGAUGUUGAGAGGCUGGAUGUGUUUUCGAGUUCUGGAUUUUCCAGCGAAGACAAGUGUUUCUCAGUUCCUUACCUCGUCAGUGAUGGUAAUUUGCGUGUUUACUGUGACUCGUUUAAUAGGAUGUUCGCAAAUCCAUCAGACGAGAAUAGGGUGGCAUCAGAUGAGAAUAGGGUGGACUUGGAAAAAUGUGCUGAGUUGAAAAGUAAUGGGGAUCUCGAGAUUGAUGUAAGGACGGCACAAGAAAAGAAGGGGUUUGCUUCUGUUGAUGUUAAUCUAGAUGAGGUAGCCGCAAAAAAGUUUCUGAUGAAAGAAGAAAGUAAUGGACCGAAGAGACUGAACUGUGAGAAUGAUUCAACUUCUUUUAGUGGUGUAGAGUGGCUUUUAGGAUCUAGAAGUAAAAUAUAUUUGGCAUCAGAAAGGCCCUCCAAGAAGCGGAAGCUUUUGGGGAAGGAUGCAGGGUUAGAGAAGCUCCUCGUGGCGCGCCCUGUUGAAGGUUUAGAGUCAGUCUGUCACUAUUGUAGUUAUGGGCACACGGGUGACCCCUUAAAUUUGUUGAUUGAGUGUGGUUCAUGUGGGAUGACAAUCCAUCAGAGGUGCUAUGGAGUUCAAGAUGAUGUGGAUAGUUCCUGGUCGUGUUCCUGGUGUAAAUGGAAAAAUGUUGUGAAAUUGAGCAAAGCAAUACCAUGUAUCCUAUGUCCAAAGCAAGGUGGUGCACUGAAGCCCGUGCAGAAACGGGGAUUUGGGAGUGACUAUGAGGGGUCGAAGGUAGAGUUUGCCCAUUUGUUCUGUUGCCAGUGGAUACCUGAGGUUUAUUUGGAAAACACAAGGGCUAUGGAACCAAUCAUGAAUGUGGAUGAAUUGAAGGACACAAGACGAAAGUUGCUAUGUUAUCUGUGCAAGAUUAAACAUGGUGCCUGUGUCAGGUGCAGUAAUGGAUCUUGUAGACUGUCAUUCCAUCCUAUUUGUGCAAGGGAGGCAAGACUUAGAAUGGAGAUUUGGGGAAAACUUGGAUCGGAUGAGGUUGAACUGCGUGCUUUUUGCACAAAACAUACAGAAGUACAUAGUGAUAACGGCUUUCAAGAUGCUGGUGAUAUUUCCUUAGCAGCUGAUCUGGAUGUUAGGAAGCUUAAUGAUAUUCUAUUGGAUGGUGAGGACUUAAUCAACAACAUAAGAAAUUCGUACUCUCAUCCAGAAUAUGGAGAUGCAAUGCAUCCGGUUGAUGGGAAUGAUAAUGAAGAUGUUAAUGCUUGCAGUGUUCUCAGUUUCUCUAUGAUACUGAAGAAGGUAGCUUACGAUUUUUACUUUUGCCCUUGUCCUGAUAUUGGUUUACUUUUCUUUUGCCUCUUUGGAUCCUUGCAGGAUAAUCACAUGGUACCAGAGUUACAGUGUAAGCUACUUAGAUGGCUGAAAAACCCUGCUCAAAUUGCCAACUUACAGAGAACAAUGAAAGUGAAGGUUAGAUCACUUGGAGCUUCCAAAGAUGUGGCUGAUGUAGCUGAAGACGGUGAUGCUGUUCUAGUAGAGGAGUCCAAUGUUUCUGAUUCUGUUCCAGUCAAAUCUGUUCCACCUCGCAGAAGAACCAAAAGCAUUAUAGGGACUGUGAACGAUGAAAAGUCGUGCUCCUCCAACUCCAAGGACAACAAUAAUGAUGAAACAAAUGAGGGUGGUGUUGAUUCAUGUGCUAUGAGAGACAAUAUAAAUGAUCCAUCUAGCAGGUCUUUGCCUAAUGGUACCAAUAAGCUUUUGAUUGACUACCAGAAGCACCAGGAUGAUUCAGUGGACAAUUCUAUCAAAAUUGAAGACGAGCUGAGAGCUCUAAAGCAGUUUCUCUCUGAAGAUGGUGUCAGUGAGAAAUCUGGACUAUCUCAACAGCUGAUGUCGUGUCCUCCUGUCUCAAUAAAUGAGGAAGCUAAUCAGGCUUCAUACAUACAUCCAUUCAUCUACAGUAAAUUGAUGCUUGAGAAAGAUGCAUCUUAUCAGACUGCAGUUCUAAGAGAGCGGGAAGCUUCCCAGUUGGGAGCAUCUUCUAGUGCUGGCCUCUGUUGUGACAGCGGCAACUUGCAAAGGACUUCUAGCGACCGGACCUCUAAAUGCAGUGGUGGAGUGAAUAUCAAUCAAUUGUUUGAUGCAAGAAAUAUGGAAAUACUCAAACUAUCUCCUACAGAUGAAGUGGAAGGACAACUUCUAUAUUAUCAACAUCGACUCAUUUCCAAUGCUGUUUCGAGGAAACACAUAUGUGAUGAUUUGAUCUCGAGGGUUGUUAGGAGCCUCCCGCAGGAGAUGGAUGCUUCUGGAAAACGAAAAUGGGAUGCUGUACUGGUUAACCAGUACCAUCGUGAACUUAAGGAAGCUAGAAAGCAAGGCAGAAAAGAGCGUCGGCAUAUGGAAGCUCAAGCUGUGUUGGCUGCUGCUACUGCUGCUGCAGCAGCUUCCUCUAGGUUGUCAUCGACUAGGAAAGAUGCCCCAGAAGAUUCUUUACAUCAGGAGGAUACUGUGAAGAUGAAUGUAUCUGAUGUGAGGAAUGGGUUGCAGUCUCAGCUGAAUCUUCGAGUGAAAGAGACUGUUACUAGGCUGGGUAUUGCAAGGGCUUCACUUGAAAAGAACACCGAUUUGGGCCAAUUAGCUUCAGAUAAUCCAAAAGAUCGUUGUCGGACAUGUGACAUAUGCAGACGGUCUGAGACAGUUCUGAAUCCAGUUUUAGUCUGUUCAAGUUGCAAGGUUGCAGUUCACUUGGACUGUUACCGUAGCGUUAAAAGCACCACAGGGCCCUGGCUUUGUGAAUUUUGUGACGACCAAUUUUCUUCUCGAUGUUCUGGAGCACCGGAUACAAACUCUUGGGAGAAGCCUUACUCUGUUGCAGAAUGUAGUUUGUGUGGGGGCACAGCAGGGGCUUUUAGGAAGUCAGUGGAUGAUCAAUGGGUGCACGCCUUAUGUGCUGAAUGGGUGUUAGAAUCAACAUAUAAAAGGGGGCAAGUUAAUCCUGUUGCAGGAUUGGAUACUGUCUCCAAAGGAGCUGAUGUUUGCAAUGUAUGCCGUCUCAAACAUGGUGUUUGCCUCAAGUGUAGCUAUGGUCAUUGUCAGACAACAUUUCACCCUACUUGUGCUAGAAAUGCUGGUUUCUUCAUGACUGUUAGGACCAAUGGCGGCAAGUUGCAACAUAAGGCUUACUGUGAAAAGCAUAGCACAGAUCAAAGGGCAAAGGCCGAUGCUCAGAAGCAUGGGAUUGAGGAGUUCAAGUCUCUUAAGCAAGUCAGGGUUGAGCUGGAGAGACUGCGUCUUCUAUGUGAAAGGAUUAUCAAAAGGGAGAAAUUGAAACGUGAGUUGGUCAUUUGCUCGCACAACGUCCUUGCUUCAAACCGAGACUCUGUUCUCUCUGCUUUGGCCCGUCACCCAUUUUACCAGCCUGAAGUCAGUUCCGGAUCAGCCACAACCUCCAUCAAAGGUCAUACUGAUGGGUGUAAAUCAGGUCGUGAGUUGGUGCAAAGAUCGGAUGAUGGGACAGUUGAUAGCACAGUUGCCGGUAAAAGACGCAUUAAGAUUCAUUUGUCAGUAGACAACAACGAUCAGAAAACGGACGAUAGCUCCACAUCCCAAAACCUUUACAGGCUAAAACCCGUGGAGAGAAAAUCGUUUUCUGGGAAGCAAAUCCCCAAACGACUUCCGGCCGCAUCACGGAACCCUUCAGACAAUGUUGAUAAACGAAAAAAACAAAGAAAACACGUGGAGACCUUCGAAAAGGAGCUUUCAAUGACAUCUGACCAAGCAUCCAUGAAAAAUCAACGGCUUCCAAAGGGAUUCGUUUAUGUCCCGAUCAGGUGCCUAUCCAAGGACAAGGACAAUAAUGGUCAAGAUGCCCGAGAACAAGUCGAACCAUAACAAAAGCACCUUUCAACCGAGCUCAAAGUGUAAAUUUGACUCGGGCACAUUGAAGUUCCUGAAGUCCACGGAUAAAUGCUCGAUAUUCGGUUACCUCACGAAAAGAUUGGAGCUCUAUUGUAUAUGCAUAGUUGGAGUACUUUGUACAGUGGGGAAAUGGGAUUUUUUCCCAAUGCGUGUAAUUUCAAGAGGCUUUCAAUUUGUCUAUAGCCUUGUUGCUUUUUUUUUUUAUUUUUUUUUUU